UUUUCCCAUUAUGGCGGAGGGGCCAACCGUGCGGAUGGACCGUCUCUCCCACUCUGUGGCUUGUUUUGUGUCUUGAGGGAGGGCGUUUUUAUUUUUAUUUUUUAUUUUUAUUUUUUUAACAUUUCAUCGCCACAGCCUGGUGUCCUUUCAACUAGACUGCACUCGUGUUUUUUAUCGGCGAAGUCAUGGCAGACCGCGGCGCGGAUUUGUCCGCCCUGCCAAAAGAGGUUAGAGACCAACUGGCGGAGUUGGAUCUGGAGCUGUCUGAAGGUGACAUCACGCAAAAGGGCUAUGAGAAGAAGAGAGCCAAGCUGCUGGCCUCCUACAUCACCCAGUUGCCAAAUGCCGAUCUAUCUCUACCAGAUGUUCAGCUUUCCCCAGGCCACAGUGCUGACCCCAGCCCAAGUCCUGAGGCCCCAGGCCCCUCCACAUCUUCAGCCUCCAGACACCACCGUGCACACCGCAGUGGAGGGGCCAGGGACGACAGAUACAGAUCAGACAUCCACACAGAGGCUGUUCAAGCAGCACUAGCAAAGCACAAAGAGGAGAAGAUGGCACUGCCCAUGCCAACCAAGAGACGCUCAGCUUUUGUCCAGUCUCCCAUAGAUAACUGCACACCUCCAGACACAUCUUCUGCAUCAGAGGAUGAGGGCUCACUGCGCAGAAAAGCAGCUCUCAGCGCAGUGCUGGCUCAGACACUGCAGAGCCCUGAUUACUGGAUCAACCGUUCCGUCCAAAGUUCCUCCACGUCCUCAUCUGCUUCUUCAACCCUCUCCCAUGGAGAGCCCAAGACCCAGCCGCAGCCCCAACCCCAGCCUCAGCCUCAACCUGGUGUUUCUGUGUUAGCUGAUGUUUUGGCCCACACACGAAUCGAAAACAGCGUCCCUCCAGAUGUGACAUCCUCCACCCCCCAGGAGAGAGGGUCCAGGGUGGAUCUGCCGCCAGCUGUCAGGGGCAUGAGUCGUGGACAGAGCCGCUCCAGCAUGCUUGAUACAGCUGACGGAAAAAGAAAAGGCGUGCCUGUCAGCAGCAGGGUGUCCACUAAGAUCCAGCAGCUGUUAAACACUCUUAAACGGCCCAAGAGACCACCGCUUAGCGAGUUCUUUGUUGAUGACUCUGAGGAAAUUGUAGAAGUGCCCCAGCCAGACCCAAACACCCCAAAGCCAGAGGGACGUCAAAUCAUCCCGGUAAAGGGGGAGCCCCUUGGAGUUGUCAGUAACUGGCCUCCUGCCCUUCAGGCUGCCCUGGCCCGCUGGGGAGCCACACAGGCUAAGAGCCCUGCCCUCACUGCACUGGAUAUCACCGGAAAACCGCUCUACACACUCACAUACGGUAAACUAUGGAGUCGAAGUCUGAAACUAGCCUAUACACUUCUGAACAAACUCGGCACCAAGACAGAACCUGUCCUACAACCUGGAGAUCGGGUUGCUCUAGUGUACCCAAACAGUGACCCUGGCAUGUUCUGGGUGGCUUUUUAUGGCUGCCUAUUAGCUGAGGUCAUCCCUGUGCCCAUUGAGGUCCCACUGUCACGACAGGAUGCAGGCAGCCAGCAGAUUGGCUUCUUACUGGGCAGCUGUGGUGUCAGUCUGGCACUGACCAGUGAGGUGUGUCUCAAAGGGCUGCCCAAGACACCGAACGGCGAGAUCAUCCAGUUCAAAGGAUGGCCAAGGAUGAAAUGGGUCGUGACGGACACAAAAUAUCUGACCAAACCGUCCAAAGACUGGCAGCCUCACAUACCCACUGCCAACACAGACACGGCCUACAUAGAGUACAAAGCAAGUAAGGAGGGGACAGUGAUGGGGGUUGCUGUGUCCAAGAUCUCCAUGCUAACUCACUGUCAGGCCCUGUCACAGGCCUGCAACUACUGUGAAGGAGAGACGCUGGUUAAUGUGCUCGACUGUAAGAAGGAUAUGGGUCUGUGGCAUGGUGUCUUAACAAGUGUCAUGAACAGAAUCCACACAAUCACAGUGCCGUACGCUGUCAUGAAAGCUUGUCCAAUGUCCUGGGUGCAGAGGGUCCACAUUCACAAAGCACGUGUGGCCUUAGUGAAGUGCCGUGACCUCCACUGGGCCAUGAUGGCCCACAAAGACCAGAGGGACAUCAACCUGUCCUCCAUAAGAAUGCUCAUUGUGGCUGAUGGAGCAAAUCCCUGGUCUGUCUCGUCCUGUGAUGCCUUCCUGAAUGUGUUUCAGUCUCAUGGUUUGAAGCCUGAGGUGAUCUGUCCAUGUGCCACUUCUCCUGAGGCUCUCACUGUGGCCAUACGCAGGCCUGGUGCCCGAGGAGCUCCACUACCAGCUAGGGCCAUCCUUUCCAUGGGCGGGCUGAGCCAUGGGGUGAUCAGGGUCAACACAGAGGAUAAGAACUCUGCUCUCACUGUUCAGGAUGUGGGCCACAUUAUGCCUGGAGCUCUGAUGUGCAUCGUGAAACCAGACGGGCCUCCUCAGCUGUGCAAGACUGAUGAAAUAGGAGAGAUUGUGAUCAACUCUCGGGCUGGAGGCACCAUGUACUACGGCCUUCCUGGUGUCACCAAGAACACAUUUGAGGUGAUUCCUGUCAACCAAGCUGGAGCACCUAUAGGAGAAAUUCCCUUCACCCGAACUGGUCUGCUUGGAUUUGUUGGACCGGGUAGUCUGGUGUUUGUUGUAGGAAAGAAUGAGGGACUACUGAUGGUGAGCGGGAGGCGACACAAUGCAGACGACCUGGUGGCCACAGCGCUUGCUGUGGAGCCUGUCAAGACAGUUUACAGGGGGAGGAUCGCUGUGUUCUCGGUGACCGUGUUUUAUGACGAGAGGAUCGUGAUUGUGGCAGAGCAAAGGCCAGAUGCCAGUGAGGAGGAUAGCUUCCAGUGGAUGAGUCGCGUUCUGCAGGCUAUUGACAGCAUCCAUCAGGUGGGCUUGUACUGCCUUGCGCUCGUCCCGGCCAACACCCUCCCAAAGACGCCCCUAGGAGGCAUCCACAUCUGUGAAACCAAGCAGAACUUUCUGGAAGGGAACCUGCACCCCUGUAACAUCCUUAUGUGCCCACACACCUGUGUUACCAACCUGCCCAAACCGCGCCAGAAACAGCCAGUGGAUGUCGGCCCUGCUUCCAUGCUGGUCGGGAACUUGGUGGCAGGGAAACGGAUUGCCCAGGCUAUAGGGAGAGAGCUAGGUGUGGUAGAGGACCAGGAUUUGAUCAGAAAGCAUCAGUUCCUGUCUGAAGCUCUGCAGUUUAGAGCUCAAACCGACCCGGACCACGUCCUUUAUGUGCUGCUGAAUGCCAAGGGGGUGGCAGUGUGCACAGCCACAUGUUCUCAACUGCACAAGAGAGCCGAGAAAAUCACAGCGACCCUGAUGGAGAGGGGAGGACUCAACACAGGAGAUAAUGUGGUGCUGCUUUAUCCCCCAGGUAUUGACCUGAUUGCUGCCUUCUAUGGCUGCCUGUAUGCAGGGGUGAUCCCUGUGACAGUGAGGCCACCCCACCCACAGAACCUGGCUGCUACCCUCCCCACUGUCCGCAUGAUAAUCGAUGUGAGCAAAGCAGCCUGCAUCCUCACCACUCAACCUCUCAUGAGGAUCCUCAGGUCCAGGGAGGCUGCUGCCAGUGUCAACAUCAAGACGUGGCCCACCAUCAUUGAUACAGAUGAUCUUCCCAGAAAGCGGCCACCGCACAUUUAUAAACCCCCCACAGCUGAGAUGCUGGCCUACCUGGACUUCAGUGUGUCCACCACAGGCAUGUUAACAGGAGUUAAGAUGUCUCAUGCUGCAAUCAGUACUCUGUGCCGCUCCAUCAAGCUGCAGUGUGAGCUCUACUCCUCACGCCAAAUAGCCAUCUGCCUGGACCCGUACUGUGGCCUGGGCUUCGUCCUGUGGUGCCUCUCCAGUGUUUACUCAGGUCACCAGUCCAUCCUUAUCCCUCCCCUGGAGCUGGAGUGCUCGCUGCCUCUGUGGUUGAGCACGCUCAGCCAGUACAAGAUCAGAGACACCUUCUGCUCCUACUCUGUCAUGGAGCUCUGCACUAAAGGCCUGGGCACCCAAACAGAGAUGCUGAAGGCCCGGGGUCUGAAUCUGUCAUGUGUGCGGAGCUGUGUGGUAGUAGCAGAGGAACGUCCUCGCCUUGCUCUCAGUCAGUCCUUUUCAAAGCUCUUCAAGGAUCUCGGCCUGUCGCCACGUGCUGUCAGCACCGCCUUUGGAUCUAGGGUCAACCUGGCCAUCGGCCUACAGGGCACUGCUGGUCCAGACCCCUCCACUGUCUAUGUUGACAUGAAGUCUCUACGGCAUGACAGGGUGAGGUUGGUGGAGCGAGGAGCGCCACAGAGUCUUCCUCUAAUGGAGUCAGGCACUAUCCUGCCAGGAGUCAGGGUCAUCAUCGUCAACCCUGAGACCAGAGGCCCACUGGGUGAUUCACAUCUUGGGGAGAUCUGGGUAAACAGCCUUCACAGUGCCAGCGGCUACUACACCAUCUACGGGGAGGAGAGCCUGCAGGCGGAUCAUUUUAACACCAGACUCAGCUUUGGGGAGCCCCAAACUCUGUGGGCAAGGACCGGUUACCUGGGCUUCAUCAAGAGGACGGAGCUGCUGGAUGCAAGCGGAGAUCGUCAUGAUGCCCUGUUUGUUGUGGGCUCUCUUGAUGAAACACUGGAAUUGAGGGGCUUACGCUAUCAUCCCAUCGACAUUGAGACAUCUGUGUCCCGAGCACACCGCAGCAUUGCGGAGAGUGCUGUGUUUACGUGGACCAACCUGCUUGUGGUGGUGGCGGAGCUGGCCGGCUCAGAGCAGGAGGCCUUGGACCUGGUUCCCCUGGUCACCAACGUGGUCCUGGAGGAGCACCACCUCAUUGUCGGGGUGGUUGUCAUCGUGGACCCUGGGGUGAUCCCUAUAAACUCCAGAGGAGAGAAGCAAAGGAUGCACCUGCGGGACUCGUUCCUGGCAGACCAACUGGACCCCAUCUACGUGGCCUACAACAUGUGAACGCCCUCCUGAACUGAUGCAGAAAACUGAGCCGGGCUCUGAGCACAGACGGACAUGAGAACGUGUUCAGAAGUGACCCCAGUGUUAAACGUCAGACACGUUUAAAAAUCACCAAACAUUGUGGAAAUGUGAGAGCAGUGACUCAUGCUCCCCUCUCACAAACUGAUCCUUCUUUGCUUCCAGUUGCUCAAUCACUGCAGACCAGGUUCACCAGAUUACUAAUGGGGGGGUAGGAAACUUUGUCUCCUCUGUUUUAGAUCUAUCAGCUGGAGGAAGCAUCAUCAUCCUCUAUGUGCAUCAUACUUCUCCAUGUUUUUUAGAGACAUUUUUACUAGCAAACUCAAAUCAAAGAAAAAAUCCUCCCUCCUUCCAUUCCUUAGUUUUUAUCCAUUCAUCUUUGUGUGCUUGUUUUUUCAUUCUCACCAAACUUCCCUUCCCUUGUUUCUCAAAGGCAGGAUGGUGCACUGGAACUGCUGAGGGGAGCUUGAACUUUUCCCCUCUUGCACUUUAAGUCCUCGCACCUCUGAGUCCACCUCCUGCCUCAUGUAUGCUGCUUUCACCAGAGAAAGUCCCCAUCAGUAUUAAAAAGUGCCACCAGCAAGAGGCAAACCUAACAUAUCACCUUCUCACAUGGUGCAUGGUGGCUCACGCCUCCUAUCAGAUAUGGUAUCUUGCUGCAGACAUGCUGCUGGCAAUCAAAAGUCCCAAAACAUCCUACAAACAGCACUCUUGAAUUAUCAGUUAGUGUGGGAGAAAAAAAAGACUUGUCAUCAUAAAAACCUGGAUGUUAAAGGUGAUCAGUUUGAGUAAGAGUGGGUCCAGUAGGUAGUUCCUUCUUUUAAUUGUGAAGUACUAAUAAAGUUUGAAAAGCACCAACAUUAAGAAGGAGAGUUAAAGCGUUUAGGUGUGCAUGCAAAUUUAAUAUGCAGGUGAUAUUAACAUCCAGCUCCUUAUUUUUCAUUUAUAUCAGCUGAGAAGAAUAUCAGCUUCAGGUCUACUUUUUUGCUCCUUACAGACCUCUUAAACAUAUCAGUUGAUUUUUGUGAGCAGAUCACGUCAGCUCAGAGUCUUUUCAAGAUAUUAAAAGUGGCCUGAUUAUUAGAGAGUUCACCAAAACAGAGAAAUCUUUAUCUCCUUUUGUGUAGAAAGUAUACACAAAAAAGGAGGGAAAGCAGGAUCAAGUAAGUUAGUUUUUUUUGUUUGUUUGUUUAGUUUGACAGGAUAAUAAAAAUUUUUCUGGCUUGAUCUAAUGUGAGGGCAAGUCAGUGCCUUUUUUUGAACCAUUGUGACAUUCAUAAGAUGGACUGUUGAAUUUCCUACAAGCAAAGCACCAAGAAAGAGGACAAAACUUUGCCUUACUAAACCUGUGGAACUUCAGUGCUUUUAAUGCAUUAUCUUUUAUUUCCAGUUGUAAUUAUUUCUCCAUUUGUCACAUCAGGACUUAGCUUAAGGCACGUUCAUAUGAUGUUUUUUUUUAAAGGAAGGGGGGUUAUUUUGUUCUUUUUCAAAGACUUUUCAGUCAUGCCUUUCUCAUUUCAUCAUAAACAUAAAACCUAAUUCUUUCUGAAUGUCAAUAAAAGUUAGAAAAUGAAACAAAAGUAGGAAUGAGCAACAAUCAGUUAGCAACCCGUGAUUUAAAAAUGGCAAAUCCUCCUUUAAAAGAAAGAGGAGGUCAUAAAUGAGGGUAAGGCUAUUGUCUGUAUACUGUACUUUAGAGGUCAAAUACUGUAUUACUGGUGUUAAUGUGUACAUGGAUAUGAACAUUGUCCAUAUAAAAAAAAACUUGACUGAUCUUUCAUACUUGACAGGAUUUUUCUGCAUUGUUAAUUUAUCACAUUGCAAAAGAGACAAAAAAAGGUUUCAGAUUAUUUUGGCAGGAACAAUGUGCACUUUCCCAAUAUCAUUUUCAGAGUGCGUGUGUCCAUGAGGGAGUGUAUGUGUGUGUGUGUAAGUGAUAUUUGGCUUUUUCUGGUGCAACAAGGUUUGUCUUUUGUAAGAAAAUGAUCCCAGAUUAUUGAAACAUUCUUUCUUUUUUAUGUCGUCUCCACUGUAUUUGAAAUUUGUCCAUACAAAAUUGGAAUCAGAUAUAUUUUAUAGGGAUUCAUUGAUAUUUUUCUGAUGUAAUCUUUCUUUUAAACUGCACAAUUCUUCUGCAGACGCCUGGUUUGAUUUAGAAGCAGCACGUCAAUAAACCACUUCCUGAUUCAGUGGCAGGCACUGAAUGCCAGUAUAUUUGAGUUACUCAUGAAAAAAUACAUGAAGCUUCUGAGCUACAUUGUGUGAUAAUAACUGCUCUGUUGCUACUGUUUCACUCCGACAAGUUUUAAUAAAGUUUUAUAAUUUCA